AUGCGGUCCCGCGACAGUGGCCUGGUUGACGGGAUUCCUAGUGACUUCCCAUUCGAAAUCCUCAAAGAGGAGGGGCUUAAAGACAUAACUCUUACAAGAAGUUUGAAGGGUGAGCAGAUUGAGGUCGUGGUUUCCAUGCUCAAACCAGACGGGGACGAGGAGGAAUCCUCCGAUUCUAGGUAUACAUCGGAUGAAGACGAAGGGGACAGUAGCAUGCCUCUCAUGGUCACGGUUUCCAAGGCCGAUGGAUCAAACCUUAAAUUCACCUGCACUGCCUAUCCUGACAAUGGCAACAUCUUCAUCGAUACCUUGUCCGUGAGACUCCCACCAUCAGGGGCCAUGGGACAUGAGGAAGAUGAUCGUGGUUUCAGUGAGCUGGAUGAGACCCUGCAGGAGGCACGCAGUGAGCUGGAUGACAACCUACAGGAGACAUUCCGCAAGUAUCUGGAGCUGCGUGGGGUCACUCCCAUGAACAUGAAGUUGUUGCACCAGUACUUGAUCAGCAAGGACAUACUCUGCAAUCAACUAUGGCUGACCAAGCUGCGGGAUUUCGUCAAGAAAGAUUGA